AUGACAGUCUUGCUUGAGCUCUUCUUCUUCCCCUUUCACUUGCCAAGAUUAGAUUCAUCGAGAAUGCAGGAUUCUUUUCCUUGUGACUUGAAGACUGCAAGAUUAAUUACCUUCGUUAACCCUUUGUCGGUGCCGUCUUCAAAUCUCCACUCUUCAGACUUAAGGAUUGCGAUAUUACUUCCUUCCUUACUUUGUGACUCGAGAUUCAUUCCUUGCUUCCCAAGAUUCGAUGGCCGAACUGAUUGGAACUCCAGCAUGUGUGCAACUGAUCUCCAAUCACGUUCACUAGUAGUUUGGUCUGAUUUCGCUGAAACAAAACUGGACAACCGUGUUCCCAAUAAACCUUCUUUGACGACGGUGAAGCUGGAGAAGGCAAAGGGGGAUAUCAAGUGGAAUGAAGCGUCGUCGUCCUCUGAUUCUCCUUUUUCUUCUUUUUCAUCUUCGUCACCGUCGUCUUCAUUGGACGAUAGAGAGUAUAAGGUGAUCAGGGACGCGAAUGACCAGUUUAGAGCAUCAGGAAGUCGAUUCGAAUUGUUAAAACACGAAUCAGAUUUGAGGAAUUUCGGUCACCAAACCUUUCUCAAUGGCAUCAGUGGUUGCUACAAAGACUACGUGAUUCACCCCAACAACAGGUGGUAUCGGGCAUGGACAAAAUUCAUAUUGUUAUGGGCAGUGUAUUCAUCCUUCUUCACCUCGAUGGAGUUUGGAUUUUUUCGUGGAUUGCCUGAGGAUCUCCUUAUACUGGACAUCAUUGCACAAAUAGCUUUCCUUGUAGACAUUGUUUUGCAGUUCUUUGUUGCUUAUAGGGACACUCAGACCUAUUGUAUGGUUUAUAAGCGAACCCCUAUAGCUUUGCGGUAUAUAAAAUCUAGCUUUGUCAUUGAUCUUUUAGGAUGUUUGCCCUGGGAUUUUAUUUACAAGGCUUCUGGUAGAAGAGAGGAAUUAAGGUACUUUUUGUGGAUAAGAUCAUAUCGGGUGCGCAGAGUCAAUGAUUUUUUACAGCAGUUGGAAAAGGAUAUACGGGUAAAUUACAUGUUUACUAGGAUUCUGAAACUUCUAGCAGUUGAGCUGUACUGCACUCACAUAGCUGCCUGUAUCUUCUACUAUUUGGCUACCACACUACCUCCUUCCCAAGAGGGCUAUACGUGGAUUGGAAGUCUAGAGCUGGGCGACUAUAGUUAUUCACAUUUCAGAGAUAUUGAUUUCGGAAAGCGUUACAUAACAUCCUUAUAUUUUUCUAUUGUUACAAUGGCUACUGUUGGGUAUGGAGAUAUACACGCGGUCAAUAUGAGGGAGAUGAUAUUUGUAAUGAUAUUUGUGUUAUUUGACAUGGUUCUUGGUGCUUAUUUGAUUGGUAACAUCACGGCAUUAAUAGUCAAAGGAUCAAAGACUGAAAAGUUUAGGGACAAAAUGAAGGAUCUCACGAAAUAUAUGAACAGAAACCGAUUAGGAAGGGACAUCCGUGAACAAAUAAAAGGCCAUGUGUGCUUACAGUAUGAGAGUAGAUAUGCUGAAACAGCUGUCGUUCAAGAAUUACCCAUUUCUAUUCGAGCAAAGGUAAUUGGAGGAAGGAAGGCUUUCAACCUUAUUGAUGCAUUGAGGGUGACACAAUUAAAGUAACCAUUGGAAAUGUUCUUUCUUCUAGUGAUAAUAUUAUGAUUUGUUAUCU